AGCGACGAUCAACCCUCGACCGUCCUACUGGCAUUCUAUUUGCGGUACCCAAACCCCCACGCAACCCAUGUUCUCUCAUGCGAUGUGAUUUCCCGCAAAGUCGACCCUGUCCGAGGUGCUAUCACUACACAACGGCUCAUCUUGAAGAAGGGGAUUGUGCCGAGAUGGGCGAGGUCGUGGCUCGAGAAUUGGGGUAUGAUGGGCGGGGGUGGACUGGAAGCCUGGGUUUUAGAGGAGAGCGAGGUAGGUCAUUUCGCAUGUCCGGGAAAAGACGUGACCAUCGAUCCGAGUACGAACCAGCCGGUCUUGACGUCGAUGACAAGAAACAUCUCUCACAAGAAGAUCAUUCACAUCGCUGAGGGGAUCGAGUUUCACCCAACAGCGUCCGGGAGUCGAGGUACGAUACAGAAGACGACCGCAUACGUCUCGUCAAACUUUGGGUCGGGAUCCGGGCUUUCAGCGUUAGUGCGGGGCAGGAUUGAGCAAUACGGUGCAAGCCGGUUCGAGAGGAAUGCAAAGAACGCUCGCGAGGGCAUGUCUCUAAUCCUCUCCCUCUUGCGGAACUACGAACCGCUCCCACAUACGUCCGAGGCAGAG